AUGUCAUUCCGAGGUUUCAGAGAUACCCCCCACAGAAGGGAGGGUGGGCCGACAAGACCUCAAGGAAGAAGCGAUAUAGUCUACUUACCACCUGAUGGGAAAGUUCCUCCUCCUGAUCCCAUUGUAAGGGAAAUCGAAGACGGAAUUCAGAGAGCCAUCGCAGAUCCCUUGACUCUUAGCAAGCUCCAACUGAAUUCCGAAUACCCUCCUCGCCCAGGAUAUGGAACGAAGGGAAACGAAGUGACUCUUUGGGCCAACUACUUUCAUAUUACUCCGGACCCCAAUCUAGUCUUCUACAGAUACGCUAUUGAUGUGAGACCCGCUGCAUCUGGCAGGAAGCUAGCCCAAAUCGUUAGAUUGGUGCUGGAGACGCCAGCGGUUACCUCAAUGGCAGCCGAUCUAGUCACUGAUUUCAAGUCUAGCAUAAUAUCACGAGAGAAAUUACCGUUGGCGAAUAAUGCAAUCAUCAUACCCGUGUUGUACCGAGAUGAACAAGAGGACGAACCCGCCGAGGACGCUACCCAGUACAGGGCCCGUAUCCUAUACACCAACACUCUGCGGGUCACACAGCUGAUAGAGUAUCUCACGUCAACAAACUUUAGCCAGUAUGAUGAGAAGCUCCCAAUGAUUCAAGCGCUGAAUAUUCUUCUAAAUCAUUACCCCAUGACAUCUCCCGACCUUGUCUCACGUGGCGGUAACAGAGCCAACAGAACCUUUCCACUUAGCAACAAGGCUUCACAGCCGGACAAGGCUCAUCUACAUGGGGCAUUCUACAACAGCGGCCGUCUGAUUGACUUCAUGGAUGCAUUUCAAAAGGCAAACGGCAAGAGCCUGUCUGCCUUAAACGAAGUACUGCAUGGUAUCCGGGGACGCACACUCCAUCUACCCGAAAGGAGAAACCGAAGCGGCGAGCUUAUCAUCAGGCCUAAGACGAUCCAUUCUCUUGCGAGGCGUGGCGAUGGCACGGACUUUCCAGAGGCAAGACGUCCCGAGAUACACUCAUUUGGCGCGGGCUCUAAAGGUGUGAGAUUCUGGCUAGAACCUCGCCAACUGGGAUCGAAGAAGAAGAAGCGCCAACAACCAGGAUCCGCAGCAUCACUAGCUGGGCCUGCGAGGUUGAUUAGCGUGUAUGAUUACUUUCUGGAAACGUACAACAUCCGAGACCAACGACCCGAUUUGCCGGUCAUCAAUACUGGCACACGGGGCAGUCCUAUAUACGUACUGGCACAAGUGUUUGAGAUACUUCCGGGCCAGAUCCACAAUGGAAAGUUGUCCCCCGCCCAGACGCAAGACAUGAUCAAGUUUGCCGUUCGUCCGCCCUUAAAGAACGCCUUUUCUAUCGUCAACCAAGGAGCAGACACUGUUGGUCUGAACCCUCAAAGAAAUACAAUGAUUACUCGAUUCGGUAUAUCCACGGCGAGACAGUUGAUCACUGUUGAGGGGCGGAUCUUGGACCAGCCAAAUAUUAUGUAUCGGGGGAAUUCCAGUGUAAAGCAAUUUCCAGGUUCUUGGAAUAUGAUCAGCACCAAAUUCAACGUCCCUGGUCAAAGGCUGCGCAAAUGGUCGUAUCUUCUGCUCUCAGACAAGGAAGUGCAAGAAACAUUCCCUGACGUGAAAAGCUUCCAACCAGUUGUCAAUAAGCUGCAGGCUGUUCUUCUCGACACCGGUGUUCUGGCAGACGCGCCCCUCAUUGGAAAGAUAGUCAGGGUGGAUAAGGAUAAAACAAAGGACCUUGAUGAUGUGGUUAAAAGGGCAGCUGGAAUUUUCGACCUCCUCUACAUCAUAUUGCCUGAGAAAGACAGUCGCUGGUACCCAGUAAUCAAGCGAUUGUGCGAUGUGGAGUACGGGUUGCAGACAAUUUGCAGUGUUGGUUCUAAGCUGGUUGCAAAGAAAGGUCAAAUGCAUGAUCAAUAUGGCAAGGCCCUGGAUCAGUAUCUGAGGAAUGUGGCGAUGAAGUUCAACCUGAAGCUGGGCGGGACGAAUCAUGCUGUGGACAAUCUUCGUUCGAGUAUCAUCAAUGAAGACAAGACCAUGGUUGUUGGAUUGGACGUAACACAUCCAACUGGGUCCUCGCAAGUUUCUCCAGCCACUGCACCUAGCGUGGCAGCGAUGGUUGCCAGCAUCGACAAAGGGCUUGGACAAUGGCCUGCAACUAUUCAGCUCCAGUCCCGUGGAGGAAAGGAAGAAAUCGACAGCUUGGACAUUAUGCUGAAGCGGCACCUUAGGCUAUGGAAGCUCCUCGGAAAGCACGCAUCAUUUCCCGAGAACAUUAUCGUCUACCGUGACGGAAUCUCAGAAGGCCAGUAUAUGAAGUGCUUGACGGAAGAGCUGCCCUUUAUGCGCAAGGCCUGCCGAGAAGUCUAUCCAAAGGAGAUGCAAGAGAAGAACCUGCCCAAGAUCACCAUCAUCGUUGUCAGCAAGCGGCAUCAUACGCGCUUUUACCCAACCGAAGUGCAAACUGCCGACAAGAACGGGAAUACGCCACCGUGUACGAUCGUCGAUCGAUGCAUCACGGAUCCCUAUUGCUUCAGCUUCUUUCUCCAGCCUCAUUCCGCUAUCCAUGGAACUGCCCGCAACGCCUUCUAUUUUGUGAUCCUAGACGAGGUCUUCAGUCAGCGAUACAAGGGAAAGCUUCCACCGAAGUACAAGAAUAUCGCGGAGAUUGUGCAAGAUCUGACUUUGCACUUGAGUUACCUAGUUGGCCGUGCUACAAAGGGCGUUAGAGUCUGUUGUCCUGCACGAUACGCUGACCUGGUCUGUGACCGGGCCAGAUGCUACUUAAGUCAAUUCUAUGAACCGUUAUCUGAGACCUCAUCGGUGGCCAGUGGUGGUAGUACAAUGCAGGCGACAAACAAGGAUGUUCUUGUCCAUGAGAGGAUUCGGAACACGAUGUUCUACAUCUGA